UGAAUUCAGUUGAUUUGAUUCUAUGUUGUUUUUUUAAAUUCCAAAUAGCAAAUACAUGGUGGGUGGAUUCUGGUCGUAUAGUUUUGAGGCUGUGUAGAAGGGAUUUGCUAAUAUCUUUUUGGAUAUGGUUUUUUUGUCAUUUGCUAGUAGUGAGUUGUGGUUACUAUCUUGUUGAUAUGCUGUCCUGUUCUUUCAUAUUUUUCUCAUGUGGGUUUGGGAGGUGCACAAGUGAUUCGCUGUAAAAUGAGGUGUUACAGUCACUUCAGCCUUAGCAUUCGACAUUAUUCAUUCUGUUGAUGCAACGUUGGUGGGUUGUUUUUGUGUUGAUUCCCAAUAGCAAAAUUCAUGGUUGAGUGUACCAUCCUAUAUGGAUUCUACUUCCACAGCUGAAGCAGACUAUGCUGCGUUUCUGGAGAAGGUGAAACGUACUGUUUACAUUGACAACCUUUCACCACAAGUGACUGAAUCUGUCAUGAGAACAGCUCUAGGUCAGUUUGGGACUGUGAAGAAUGUGCAGUUUAUCCCGAACUACACAGGACCCAAAAAUAUCCCAUGCUGUGCCUUAGUGGAAAUGGAGUGUCUUAGACAAGCCGAAGCUGUUGUUUCAGAGAUCACCCAGUUCCCCUUCAUGAUGUCUGGGAUGCCUCGGCCUGCUAGAGCAUUUCGUGCAGAAGUGGAGAUGUUUGAUGAUCGCCCAAUCAAGCCUGGUAGAAGGAUACAGUGCCGUUGGGUGGACAGAAAAGACCCUGAUUUUGAAGUGGCAAAUAAAAUUAAGCGUCUUGUCAGAAAGCAUGCUGCUGAAGAUUUAUUUUUGCUCCAGCAACAGUUGGCCCAAGAAGAGAAGCUUGCAAAGCAGCAAGAGGAAACCCUCAAAGCAAAUUAUAAGAAGUUCACCAUAAUAGAUAAUGUCGUGUCUGACGGAACUGCUCCUGGUUUGGCAAAGUUUUACAACAUGAAGGUUUUCGAUGCUUGAUUAGUUCUGAAUCAGUAGAGAUCCUACAAAACAUAAGACAUACAGUAGUCUAAUUAGCUCGGUGCGGACCUCAUUAAGAUAAGAUUUUUGUAUCCCAGGAUGCAUUACCUGUUUUGUAAUCCUGCUUGGGUCCAUCUUUUAGAUAUCAGAAGUGUAAAUCCACUUAGCUUGGUCAUUCUGGAUUAAUGUAGUUAAAUAUUUGAGGAAGGGUAACUGAUAUACAGAUGGAGCUUUAUGAACUUCAUCUUUUAACUGUGCUUUUGUGUUUCCUAUGUAGUAAGAUCAUCAUCCGCUUAUCAAAACUGAUUGGUCUGGAUCAUGAGUUUAAGUUCUUCGACUUCUCAGAAUAUUAUUGCUCUAUAGUUGCUAUUUUUUCCCUUAAGACUGCUCUUAAGUGGUAUUUGUUGCUCUUAACUGAAAUUGCUUUCUAUCCCUCUUUUUGGCUGUUACCAGUUGAGUGAGAGCCCUUGUUUGGGCUGUGGGGACAAUUUGUAAGAGACCUUAAGGAAAGUUACUGGGAAUGGAUUAAUCAUGCCCGUGGAAAGCAGUGGUAUGACCAUUUUCUAACUAAUCACGACUUGCUUGUUGAAGGCAAAGGCCGGAAUGGCACUUUGAUUUUUGUUUUUGUUUUCUUGUCCUUUGCUUUAUGGUGGCAAACAUAGUUUCCUAUCUUAACUUGUGAAUAGGAGAGGGGAGAUGGGGGGAUCUAGCCUCACCCACAUCUACCCAAUCAAAAUCCACCUCUGUAUUGCACUUGAUGACAUCUUCUUUCUUCACAAAUUCCUUAUCUCCCACCAAGAAUCCGACCCACACUCAAGUCCUUCCACACUCCAUCAAAGCCAUCACAUCCCUCCUCGCUACUUUCAUCACCUUGACGAUUCCACAGCUUUCAGACCCUUUUCCUUGCCCUUUCUUUCUAUCUCGAAUGGCUACCAGCUCUUUACGGUCCCUCAACCACCAUCACUCCCUCCUCAAGUUCCAUCCCUCAGACACCACCCCUCCCUCUUCACUCUUCCUCAAGCCUACCACCUCCAUCUCCGUCAACACCGACACUUCUCUCUCCCUCUCUAUCUCCUCCCCAACAAUCACCACCGCUUACUCCGUCUCCCCCACGACCUCCACUACUCCCUCUCCCUCCACUUCCAAAACCGACUCCCUUGACCUCCUCCAGCAACAUCUCUCGAACCAAAACUUCCGCGAAGCCGAUGAAGAAACCCGCAGACUUCUCAUUGUUCUAGCUGGUGAAGCAGCACAAACGCGUGGCUAUGUCUUCUUCUCCGAGGUCCAGUUUAUCUCAGAGGAAGACCUUAAAGACAUCGACGAACUAUGGAAAAAUCACAGCAACAACAAGUUCGGAUACAGUGUUCAGAAAAGAAUAUGGCAACUGAAGGCUAACAAAGACUUCACCAAGUUCUUCAUCAAAGUUGGGUGGAUGAAGAAGCUUGACACUGAGGUUCAGCAAUACAACUAUAGGGCUUUUCCUAAUGAGUUCAUUUGGGAUCUUAAUGAUGGUACUCCUGAAGGUCACUUGCCUUUGACAAAUGCACUCAGAGGGACACAAUUGCUCAAAAACAUCCUUAACCAUCCUGCUUUUGAGGUAGAUAUUGCAGAAGGGGAGGGAGAUAAAGUUGAAGGUAAUGAAAAUGGUGGGCUAAAGGGAUUAAGGGAUAGCUCAAAGCUUCCAUUAAGCAAGAGAGUAUUGAAGACAGAUUACAGCUUUUGACUAAGAAAUUUGAAGCAAAUGAUCAGUAAACAACAGAGAUGGGAUUUGGACUUUUUUCCAUGUACAUGUAAUGAAAGUUGUUGAUUAAUUACAUCCUUUUUAUUUAAAUAUAUUUUCAUGCUUCUGUCUAUGUAGUGGGCAAAUAUUAUAUAUAUAAAUGAGAAUAUGCCCUGUUGUUUUUA